GCGCUCCGGCGGCGCUUGUGCGCUGGCGGCCACACAAACAGUGCGAGCGGAGGACCGACUGUCCACGACACACGGCAAGAUGCUGGCGGCUCGCAUGACCAAGAAUGAGGACCAGCUGCAGCUGUGUCUGGCUCUGCGGCCGCCGGCAGAGGGCGACGACAGCGGCGAGCCCCGCGAGAAGAAGAUCGCCGUCCUCACCAGCGGCGGCGACUCUCAAGGCAUGAACGCAGCACUGCGCGGCAUCGUGCGGGUCGCCAUCUAUGCCGGCUGCUCCGUGUUCUUCGUGAAGGAGGGCUACAAGGGUCUGCUGGAAGGAGGGGAGAUGAUCAUACCGGCCACGUGGAGCAGUGUCUCCGACAUCAUGCACAAGGGUGGCACUGUGAUCGGCUCGACGCGCAACGAGGAGUUCAAGGAGCGCGAGGGCCGCGUGCAGGCGGUGUGUAACCUGGUGCAAGCCGGCAUCAACUACCUGGUCGUGGUUGGCGGAGACGGCUCGCUGACGGGCGCCCUGCUCCUGCAUGACGAGUGGCCGCAGAUGCUGCAGGAGCUCAUGGGCACAGGCAGGAUCACCCAGCGCGAGGCAUCCAUGUACGGCACCCUGCAACUGGUCGGCUUGGCGGCGUCCAUCGACAACGACUUCCACGGCACGGACAUGACCAUCGGCUGCGACACGGCGCUGCACCGCAUCGUGGAGGCCACGGACAGCAUCGCGAGCACGGCCAGCUCCCACCAGCGCUGCUUCAUCAUGGAGGUGAUGGGCCGGAACUGCGGAUAUCUGACCCUGAAGUCUGCCAUGGCGUCCGAGGCAGAUUACGUGUUCAUUCCAGAACUUCCGGAACCCGAAAACUGGCAGGAGACGUUGUGCGAAAAGUUGAAAUACGAGCGCAAGAUGGGCAAGCGCAUGAACAUCGUGAUGGUGUGCGAGGGUGCCCAGGACAGCCACGGCCAACACAUCACCUCGCAGAUGGUGCUGGAGGUGGUCGAGACGACACUCAAGUACGACACGCGCCUCACCGUGCUGGGGCACGUGCAGCGCGGCGGCCGACCCUCGGCCUUCGACAGGAUCUUGGCGACGCGCAUGGGCGCCGAGGCGGUGCGCUGUCUGCUGGACCCGGAGGAGCAGGGCCAGGAGCCCAAGGUCAUCUCGCUGCAGAAGAACGCCCUGGUGCGGGCCGACAUGGCCGCCUCCAUCAAGGGCACGCAGGAGGAGAACGAGGCGCUCAGGCGGCAGGACAGCCCCAAGAGCGUGGAGAUGCGCGGCAGAUCUUUCGGGAACAAUGUACAGACUUACAAGAUGUUAAAUGCGAUGAUUGAAAGUAAUCCAGAAGAGACGCCUAAGUUCACCGUGGGCGUGCUGCACGUGGGACAACCCGCCUGCGGCAUGAACGCGGUGGUGGCGACCCUGGUGCGCAUGGCAGCGCACCUCAGCGUGCGGAUCCUCGGCUUCCACAACGGCGUGGAGGGUCUCGCCGCUGGCAAUUUCGAGGAGCUGAGCUGGAAGUCUGUGGACGGCUGGGUGCCGCAAGGCGGCGCGAAGCUCUACACCGAUGCGAAGAAUGCUGAGGGCCUGGAGAAGGACAUCGCGAACACCUUGGAGACGAAUGGCGUGCAAGCGCUCAUCAUCGUGGGAGGCUUCCAGGCGUACGUGACCGCGCUGCAGAUGUUCCAAGGCCGCCAAGACAACCCGCAGCUGUGCGUGCCCGUCAACGUCAUCCCCAGCUCCAUCAGCAACCGCAUUCCUGGCACGGACUUCUCUGUCGGCGCCGACACCGCCCUCAACGAACUGACCGCGAUGUGUGAUCGUCUCAGACUGUCAGCACAAGGCACCUUCAAGAGGAACUACGUGACCGAAGUGAUGGGCAAACACUGUGGCUACCUGGCUACCAUGGGCGGUAUAGCAAGUGGAGCCGAUCAGAGCUACAUCUUCGAGGAGCCCUUGACUCUGAAUGAUCUGCAAACAGAUGUGAAUCACAUGAAGAUAAAGAUGGAGCGAGGAGACAUCGUGCGUGGUCUAGUUAUUAGAAACGAGGAGUUCAACCCAAACUUCUCUACCAAGUUCAUCUACCAGUUGUUUGCAGAGGAAGGAAAAGAAGUGUUUACUACGAGGAUGCUUAUAUUAGGUCCGCUGCAGGAAGGCGUGUCGCCCACGCCCUUCGACCGGGACCUGGCCAUCAAGCUGGCGGCGAGCGCCAUUAAGUGGACGGUGGAGCAGCUAGAGUCGGGCGCUGGGGCAGGUCCCGACUCGCCGCAGACAGCCACGCUCACGGGCAUCGUGGGCAAGGAGUACUGCCACACGCCCGUCACCGAGAUCGAGGAGAACGCCGACUUCACCUAUGAGAUACCAAAAACACAGUGGUGGAUGAAAUUUCGUCAACUUGCAAAAAUCGUUGCCACUUUCAAUGAAGCCUACGAGAAUGGGAAAGUGUCCUUGGAGAGCCUGGAAACCUGAGCUCAUCAGCUGCAAGAUUAGAGUCGAAGCCAUUAGCUAAAUCUUCAAAAUGUGUAUGACCUUAUAAAUGAUCCUUUUUGAUUUUAAUAUUUGACAUAAAUACCAUUUUUUCCUAUAUGAAAAUCACAAAAUAUUCUUUCCGUGGAACCAUUUUUUUUUUAUUUUUUUUUUUGCUGAGCAAUAUUUUUUUCUCAAGACAAAUAUAAUUCAUAAAUGUACAUGUAAAAUACAAAAAUUACAAUAUAAAUCUUUGAAAUGUA